AUGGACCAUAAAAUCGACACCCUCGCCACCCUCCACAACUGGACCCAAGGCACUCCAUCCCUGUAUCCUUUCACGGGCAUUAUUCAACUGUACCUGGCGGAGGAGAUCUCGGUAGUGACGGCUGUAGGGGAGAUCAGUGCGUUUAUGGAGAAGAGGGGGGAGGGAUUAGAUGAAUGCGUCCACGACCUAUGGGCCAGUAUUCUACACGCAGGGAGAUGUCUACCUUGCACAAACAUCAUGGUAUCAUCAGCUACUGCUGAAAUAAGUAUCACGUCCAACGGUCAUGGUGGUACGCUAGGCGAAAAGAUAAAGAAAAAAGAGACCAUCGACACAGACAUCUCCCAUCACCAAACACCCACCCCAUCACAGAAGAAACUGAUUGCCUUGAUGCAUGCGAUCAAGAAUAUGCCGGAUGUGCAUGUGCAUGUUCGUGCGAGGACGAAGUCGAGGUAUUCUUAUUCUGCUGCUUCGCAGGUGGGUGGUGGGAGGGAGAGGGAGAGGUAUAGUUCUUAUGGUGGUGGUGGUGGUGGUGUUAAUGGGGAUAUUACCGAGAGGAAUGAGAAUGGGAAUGGGAAUGAAGAGCAUGGAGGAGGGGAAGAUGAAGGAGAAAGUACAGAAGAAGAAGAACUAUACCACCCAUCCCUAGGUGUAUAUCUCGAUGGGACGGUGGGUGGAUCGCAUUAUAUUCGCCAUUUGCAUGAUCCUGUGGCUGCACCUGUUCCUCCACAACCACAACCACCUCCACCUCCUAUACCAUCAGAACCAAGAAAGAACACCAACACCAACACACAACCUCAAAAUCAAGAUCAACCUCAACCCGAAGAAAACUCAAGACCCAAACCCCCCAAACUCCCCUCCUCAGCAUCCGAAUCGACCAUCCGACCCACAAAAACCAAGAGUCUAGUAUGGGCUUACCUACCACAUUUCCGAGACGUGGUAGGAUCAAUAUUUACUGAUUUUGGAGAUGUGCUCGGGAUGCAUCUGCACCCUUUCCCACAUCCACAUACACGCCAUCAACAACAAUACCUCAAUAAAAUGCACCCAAGAGAUCAAAAGGUCCUCCACCAAGCAUGGCUCAACUUCAUCACAUUCCUCGCAUUCCUCGCUAGAGAAGGGGUACUACAUUCCCCCAGUGACUCGGAUAAUUAUGCGUAUGGGUUUGAUGAAUAUGAUUGGGGAUUUGAUCAUCAAGAUAAUAAUAAUAAUAGUCAUGAAGAGGAGGAUGAAUGUGACGGAGUCGGGUCCUGGAUCGAUGAUCUUGCGAUUUCGUGUCUUUGGAUACUUGAGAACCUUCCACAUCAACCUCAGGAUCAUCAUCACCACCAUGAUAAGAAUGAUAAGAAUGACCAUCUGCAAAACAACACCCAAAUCCUCACAGCAACGACCUUCGCCCUUCUCUACGGUGAACAUCUCUGGCGGAGACGUGGGAUUCGCACUCCUUCCCAUCCCCAUCCUCCUUCCCCUCCUUCUCCUUCUUCUCACCAAGAAAAGCCUAAAGAAGAGAAGGAUAAGGAGAAAGAGAGAGAGAAAGAGAAAGAGAAAGAGAAGGAUAAUUACAUAGUAGCAGGUCUCACCCUCGAUGAAUUCGAAUCCGGGUCUGUAUCUGCUUCUACGUCUACCUCUGCGGCGAAUUCUCCGCCUUUGGCUGUAUCACCACCACCAAAUGAUGGAGAUGAAGGUGGGGAUAUGGGAAGGUUUAUUACCAGGAAGACCUGGGAAGGGUGGAUUCGGAGGUUUAAUGAACUUGCGGGGGAUGUUGGCCCCGGGAUCGGGAUGGGAAUGGGACUGUGGGAUGGGACGAGGGAGGGGGCGUGGUUGGCGGGGGAGGUGUUGAGGAGGGUUAUUUCUAUUCCAGAGUAG